CAUUCAUCAUAAUUUAUCUUGAUGUUAAGUGCUUAGUUUAAUCUCAAACAAUUAUGUAAAUCGCUAGCUAGUUUAUAUUAUGUCUAUGCAUAGCUUUUGUUUGUGCGUGGAUUGUGAAAUUUAACAGAAUUUAAUAUCAAAAAGAUGAACAUCGUCAAACAUAACUUUCUUCUCUUGGUUCUUGUGACAGCGACGCUAAUAUCCGUUUCUCAAAUGUUAAGGAAGCCUGAAACAACCACUGUGCAAACUACAACACUACGUCCAGGUUUAUGUGACAGAAAUCGUACUGAUAUAGGUGUUGCCUUCAAUUCCUACCCAGGGGACUGCACAAAGUUUGUGCAGUGCUGGAAACAAGGGAAAACAAUCAUGUCGCUCGUGUAUUCGUGUCCACCUGGCUUAUUCUGGGAUGCAGACGUAAUCACGUGCAGACAUUCGUUCCUUGUGCAGUGCACUGCAGAUCCGUGCAAGCAAUCAACGGCUGGAUUUACUUACGGUAUGAAAGAGUAUGGCUGUCGAGCUUAUUGGAAGUGUAUAGAUGGUUUCAGUGUUGGACAUUGCUGCCCGAAUGGCAGUGCCUAUGUGGACGGGAUAGGAUGUCUAGAAAAUGAAGAGUGUAACGAGGAGUGUGCACAUAGCAAAGAAAUUGCAGCUAGUUUGUUAAGGAAGCCUGAAACAACUACUGUGCAAACUACAACACCAAGUCCAGGUUUAUGUGACAGAAAUCUUACUGAUAAAGGUGUUGGCUUCAAUCCCUACCCCGGCGACUGCACAAAGUUUGUGCAGUGCUGGAAACAAGGGGAAACAAUCAUGUCGCUCGUGCAGUCGUGUCCUCCUGGCUUAUUUUGGGAUUCAGAACUAAUCACGUGCAGAUCUUCGUUCCUUGUGCAGUGCACUGCAGUGUUAAAGAAGUCUGGAACAACCACUAUGCAAACUGCAACACCAAGUCCAGCUAUUGAUACAAGUGCUGAAUCUACGUAAACCGUGAUGCCGCCAACGACCACCACCAGCCGUUAGCUCAUUAAAAAAAGAAAUGAACACUUAAAAUAAUUAUUUUCUAUUCCAAGAGUUUAAAGGUGUUUAAUCAGAUUUUCGUAACCUAAUGGAUUUGUUAAAAACUAGUUAUGUACACUUAUUUGUAUCCAUAGAGUUUUUCAUACUAGUACAUGUUAGAUUUUCACUGAAAGUAAUACUAAAAUCUGAUUUUCCUCAUCCUGGUUGCCCAACCAAGACAGCGUUAUUUCAGCACAAGUAUAAAUUUAAUAAACAUAUUCUUGCCUCAGGAAGAAUAUGAACAUGAGCACUAUUAUAUUAUAUGUUUAAAAGAUUUGCAUUUAAAAGUAUAUAUUUUGCCAAAAUUCAUUAGAAAAGCAAGUAUGUGAAAUUAUUAUUACCUUCCUUUGCCUAUCUCGUUUGGGCACCCAAGACUGAAAAUAGUUGUAUUUCCUAAGCUACUCGCUGUUUUAAAACUUGGCAUUUGCUUCAGAUAGUUCAAAUAUAUACAGUUCUUAGACCAAAAGUUCUUAAAACAUAACAAUCUUACAAAAGUAAUGCAGAUUACUAAAUCUCUAUAAGGAAGUACUUUAUGAAAGUAAAAUUGAUCUUUG